AUGGACCCAUCAAAUCUCUUGCUCAAAUUCACCGCCUUGCUUAUAUGUCUUCUUCCUGUUCUUCAGGCCUGUCCUCAGAAUUGUCACUGUCAUGGAGGAGACCUCCACCAUGUCAUUUGUGACAAUGUUGGAUUGAGAAGGAUUCCCAAAGUGGCCGAGCAGACCCGGCUUCUCAAUCUACAGAGGAACAAUUUCCCUGUGCUGCCAACCAAUGGUUUCAGAGAGAUGAAAAAUCUUGUAUCUCUUCACCUCCAACAUUCCCACAUCAAAGAAAUUUCCAGUGGAGCUUUCCGGGGUCUGAAGCAGCUGGUCUACCUUUACUUGUCAAAUAAUGACAUCAGUACCAUAAAGAUGGGAGCCUUUGAUGACCUGAUAGAACUUACUUACCUCUACCUAGAUCAUAACAAGAUAUCUGACCUGCCCAAGGGGCUCCUCUCUCCACUGAUUAAUCUUUUCAUCCUGCAGCUAGGUAACAACAGGCUCAGAGAGCUGAGAUCAGGAGCCUUCCAUGGUACUAAGAACCUUCGCUGGCUCUAUCUCUCUAAUAACUCCAUCUCCUCCAUCCAACCUGGGGCCUUGGAGGAUGUGGAAAACCUAGCCAUAUUCCACUUGGAUAAGAACCAGCUGAGCACCUACCCAGUGGCUGCGAUGAGCAAAUUAAGGGUGGUGGAAGACCUCAAGCUCUCAAACAACCCAAUAAAGUUCAUUCCAGAUUUAGCCUUCCAAUCUUUUGGAAGGUACAUGGAGACUCUCCGCUUGGACAACAUGGGAUUAGAAAAGUUUUCAGAUAAAGCAUUUGUUGGAACAACCGCACUGAAGAAUGUUCAUAUAGAGCACAACAAAAUUUCCAGUCUACCUAGGAGUUUUCCAUUCACUCGUCUUGAGACACUCUCCCUGUCCAAUAACCCUUGGCACUGUUCUUGUCAGUUAGCACCUUUGCGCAGGUGGCUGGGAUCUACCCGUACUCGCCCAGAUGCAGUCUGUGCAUCACCUCCUCAGACUCGAGGACAGCAGAUUCGAGACACUUCUGCGCUCCGUAGCUGCAAACUUCCCUCUAAGAGAUCCAAAAAAGGAAAUCGCCAUUAAGCAGGCAAU